AUUGAAAGUGCAUUUUGUUGGCGCUACAUUCUGCCUACACGUUGCUUUAGGAUGGCAGGCAAUGCUUUGAAAAGACUCAUGGCAGAGUACAAACAAUUAACAGUCAAUCCACCAGAGGGGAUUGUUGCUGGACCAGUAGAUGAAAGGAAUUUUUUUGAGUGGGAAGCAUUAAUUGCUGGACCAGAGGGUACUCCAUUUGAAGGUGGUGUUUUUGCUGUACGUUUGAACUUCCCAUCAGAUUACCCUUUGUCUCCACCAAAAAUGCAAUUUCUAACUGAAGUGUUCCAUCCAAAUAUCUAUCCAGAUGGACGCGUGUGCAUUUCCAUACUUCAUGCUCCUGGUGAUGAUCCAAUGGGUUAUGAAAGUUCCGUUGAACGUUGGAGUCCAGUUCAAUCAGUCGAAAAAAUUUUAUUAUCUGUUGUUAGUAUGCUUGCAGAACCGAAUGAUGAGAGUGCGGCUAAUGUGGAUGCAGCAAAAACAUGGCGUGAAGAUAAAGCGCGUUUCAAUAGUCUAGCACUUCGAAGUGUACGUAUUAGUUUGGGUAUUUCGGCGGAAUAAGAUAUUAUCAGAAAAUAGAAGGAAAACAACAAUGAAACAAUAGAAACUAAGCGUGUCUUUCGACUUUUUUAAAAACAUCUUUCAUUUUGUUAUGUAGUUCCUUCAAAACAAUUCUUAUUGUGUUAUUAUCACUUCAUUUUUUAUUGUUGUUGUUAUUAGUAUCUUUUUGUUUUCUGAUCGAGUCAAUCAUGAACGAUCUUAUGACUUUUAUGAUUUUGCUUUAAUAACUGUUUAUUGUGUAAGCUCCUUCUUCAGAGAAUGAAAAAUAAUACGAAGUUGACUAUUUUUGGUGUGAUCGAAAUUAAGAUUUGCCUGAUGAUGUUAAUGACAUGACAAUUUGGCCAAAAUGGUUUUUUGUCUGAGACUUAUUUGUAUCUGUUGUUGGGUUUGUCAAAUGCAAUUAUUAUAAUCUGGAAGAAUGAUGUGAAAGAUAUUUGUAUGUUUGUUAGUUGUAUGAGAUGUGAACAGGAUGAAAUAUGUAUGGACAUUGUGUAAAUGGUCCAUAUCAAGUAGAUCAUUAAACCUUCCUUUCUAUCAAGUGCUGUAAGUUUUAGCAAUACAAAAACCAGCCACUGGUUUUUUUGUAUAAACGGAAAAUCAUAUUCGGAUUAAUUUGGCAUAAAUAAGGAUUUUAUGGUUGAUAGAAGGGCAUUUACUGCUAUUGCUUAUUUGUUUUGUUGAUUUUAUGGUUCUAAAGGGUUACCUGGAGUUCUCUUUGUGUAGCUUAGAUGUUCUCUCGCAUAAGUCAUGAUUUCACAUCAAGACUGCAAUAUAGAAUCCAUAACAAUCCGUAACGCUGUGUCGAAUUGGUAGGGAUUUUAACUUUUAUUUCAACUAAAGCAUUUCGAAGUGUUGGUUGUUUUAUAGGAUGCUUUUAUUUUUGG